GCAAAUCCCUAAGAUCUUAAAUCCUAAAAUGGCGACGGCGUUGAAGAAGAACAGGAAGAAGAGAGGUCACGUCAGCGCCGGUCAUGGACGUAUCGGAAAGCAUCGCAAGCAUCCCGGAGGUCGUGGUAACGCCGGAGGUAUGCAUCACCACCGUAUCCUGUUCGACAAGUACCAUCCAGGUUACUUCGGCAAAGUCGGUAUGAGGUACUUCCACAAGCUCCGUAACAAGUUCUUCUGCCCGAUCGUUAACCUCGACAAGCUCUGGUCGCUCGUGCCCGAAGAUGUGAAGGCGAAAUCGAACAAGGACAAUGUUCCGUUGAUCGAUGUGACGCAGCAUGGUUUCUUCAAGGUUUUGGGGAAAGGUCAUUUGCCAGAGAACAAGCCUUUCGUCGUGAAGGCUAAGCUUAUCUCUAAGACUGCUGAGAAGAAGAUUAAGGAAGCUGGUGGUGCCGUCGUCCUCACUGCUUAGGUUUUUAAAAGUUUAUUAAAGUCUUCACUUUUAAAUUAUUAUUUUCAAGCUUUUUGAACUCUGCUUUGUUGGAUUUUUGGAAUUGAGAGAUCUUUUAAUCAAUGGCAAUGGAUUAUAUU